AUGAAGAAGAAAAUUUCGAAGGUAGCAGCCCUCAGCCGCAAUAUGAUGCUAGAAAUUCGUUUAUCCAAAAUGCGGCCAAUACUGGUAGCAACAACGCUCAUGUUGCUUCACAAUCUCCAAUUUUUGACAUCAGCGAUUAUGGCGAGAACUAUUAUUACGAUAAUAAUAACAUCAAUAAUAACCUCCAGGGAAACAGUUACAAUACUCCCUCCUCUAAUCAUAGAAGUCCAUAUCCAACCGAAAAUUAUCAAUCAUAUCAGGGAUAUAAACCAAACCAAAGCGAUAGAUAUUACUAAUGAGGUAAAUAUAUAUUCCCCCUUCUUUUGA